ACUAGUCACGGCAGAGGCCGGCUCAGGCGCCCCUCAGCCCCUGUCCGGCUGUGCCGGGAGCGCAGGAUCCUGCAGAGGGGUAAGAGCGUCCCCGCCUUCCCCUCCUCUGUCCCCGGCCCGCCCUUCCCCGGCCUCUGCCUCAGCCCCCGUCCCUGACCCAUCCCUACCCACCCGGCCUGGCACCCCGGAAGCCGUCGCAGGAAGGGCCGUGGCCGGGCUCAGCCCCGCGCUGCCCCCAGGCGGCCAGGAGAGGAUGGCCCCGGGGAGCAGAGAGCGGGAAGUCGCUCUUACCAAAGGGGCGGAAGGCUGGUCCCCGCCCCCAGGCCCCGAUAUGGAGGAGCUGCUCCAGAGCGUGGAGAGGGACCUGAACAUCGAUGCCCGGCUGCUGGCUCCCGCCCCGGGGGGCACCCACGUGGUGGCCUUAGUGCCAGCGCGCUGGCUGGCCAGCCUCCGCGAGCGCCGGCUGCCGCCCGGACCCUGCCCCCGGGUAGAGGGCCUGAGCGAGGCGGAAGUGAGGACUCUUCUGCAACCCUCCGUGCAGAAGCUGCCCCCCGGCUGGACGCGCGUGGAGGUACACGGGCUGCGGAAGCGGAGGCUGGCCUACCCCCUCGGCGGCAGCUUGCCCUUCGAGGAAGGGUCCAGCGGCCCUGAGACCCUCACUCGCUUCAUGCAGGAUGUGGCUGCCCAGAAUUAUCGCAACCUGUGGCGCCAUGCUUAUCGCACUUAUGGGCAGCCCUAUAGUCAUAGCCCUGCGCCUUCAGCGGUCCCUGCCCUCGACUUAGUACGACAGGCUCUGCAGAGGGUCUAUGGUUGUUGCUUCCUGUCAGUGGGUGAAUCUGCCCAGUGCCCAUCAUAUGCAAGAGAUGGUCCCUGUCUGGCUCAGGGCAGCUUGGCCUGUCCCAGUCUUUUGCGAGCUGAGGCCUUGCUGGAGUCGCCAGAGAUGCUAUACAUUGUGCAUCCUUAUGUACAGUUCUCCCUGCACGAUGUGGUCACCUUCAGCCCUGCCAAGCUGACCAACAGCCAAGCCAAGGUGCUCUUCAUUCUCUUCCGUGUGCUGAGAGCUAUGGAUGCCUGUCACCGCCAGGGACUGGCCUGCGGGGCCCUAACUUUGCACCACAUCGCUGUAGAUGAGAAGCUUUGCAGUGAGCUCCGGCUGGACCUGAGUGCUUAUGAGCGGCCCACCGAGGAAGAGAAUGAGGAGACCCCUGUAUCGAGGGCUGGGCCAGGCAUUGAACAUGGAGAGGAGGGAGGCAGGGGGCCUGGAUGUCCCAGCAGCCAGGAGGAACUUAGAGGCCUUGUGCUGGAUUGGGUCCAUGGCCGCAUCAGCAACUUUCACUACCUCAUGCAGCUAAAUAGGCUGGCAGGUCGGCGGCAGGGGGAUCCCAACUACCACCCAGUGCUGCCCUGGGUGGUAGACUUCACCACACCCCAUGGGCGCUUUCGAGACCUGCGCAAGUCCAAGUUCCGCCUCAACAAGGGGGAUAAGCAGCUGGACUUCACAUACGAGAUGACUCGGCAGGCGUUUGUAGCAGGUGGUGCAGGUGGCGGGGAGCCACCUCACGUCCCUCACCACAUCUCAGAUGUGCUCUCUGACAUCACGUAUUACGUGUACAAGGCUCGGCGGACACCCCGGUCAGUGCUCUGUGGACACGUGCGGGCACAGUGGGAGCCCCAUGAGUACCCUGCCAGCAUGGAGCGUAUGCAGAACUGGACACCUGACGAGUGCAUUCCCGAGUUCUACACAGAUCCCUCUAUCUUCUGUUCCAUCCACCCUGACAUGCCUGACCUGGAUGUGCCAGCCUGGUGUGGCUCCAGCCAGGAGUUCGUGUCUGCCCACCGGGCACUGCUGGAGAGCCAAGAGGUGUCCCAGGACCUACACCACUGGAUUGACCUCACGUUUGGCUACAAACUCCAGGGCAAGGAGGCUGUGAAAGAGAAGAAUGUGUGCCUGCACCUGGUGGACGCGCACACGCACCUGACCAGCUAUGGCGUGGUGCAGCUCUUCGAUCAGCCGCACCCCCGACGCCUGGCUGGGGCCCCUGCCCUGGCCCCUGAGCCUCCACUCAUCCCUAGAGUGUUGUUCCAGACCAUCCAGGAGAGUGUUGGCCAGGAGGACUUGGCAGGACAGCUUACAAAUGGGGUGGGCAGGCUGGUUUUGGAGGCCACUCCCUAUGAGGCUAGCUGGGCCAGAGACAGGCCUGUGGCAGGGGAAGAUGACUUGGAACAGGCCACAGAAGCUCUGGAUUCUAUCUCCCUGGCGGGGAAGGCAGGUGACCAGUUGGCCUCUUCUUCAUUGUCCUCCAGUCAAGCUUCGCCAGGCCUCUUGGUUUUCUCAGUGGCCUCGGCCUCUCGAGCAGGCCGCAGGAACAAAGCUGCCGGGACGGAUCUUGGGGAAGGAGAGGAGGGGAAGAUUCUUCUCCCUGAGGGUUUCAAUCCUGUACAGGCUCUGGAAGGGCUGGAGAAACUAGGCAACUUCCUGACCAAAGGCCUAGGGGGCCAGCUGGAGGUGCCCGAGCACACCCGGGUCCAGCGGCCCGUUCAGCUGCAGGACCUCUUCCAUCGGGACAUGCAGGCGCUGGGCGUUCUGUUGGCCGAGAUGGUGUUUGCCACCAGGGUCCGGACUCUGCAGCCCAAUGCGCCUUUGUGGGUGCGCUUUGAGGCCGUUCGGGGGCUCUGCACACGCCACCCCAAGGAGAUCCCCGUGUCUCUGCAGCCCGUGCUGGACAUACUCCUGCAGCUCAGUGGACCCGAAGGCCCUGUGGCCGCAGGGAGGGCCAAGCUGGCCCCACUCUUUGAGUACAGGCCCAUCUCCCGAGGCUUGCCUCCUCCCUGCCCGGCCCAGCUCCUCAGCCCCUUCAGCUCUGCGGUUCCUUUCCCUCCGUACUUCCCAGCGCUGCACAAGUUCAUCCUUCUGUAUCAGGCGAGACGCGUGGAGGACGAGGCCCAGGGGCGGGAGCUGGUGUUCGCUCUGUGGCAGCAACUGGGCGCAGUGCUGAGUGACAUCACCCCCGAGGGCCUGGAGAUCCUGUUGCCCUUCGUGCUGUCACUCAUGUCUGAAGAGCACACAGCUGUGUACACAGCCUGGUACCUGUUUGAGCCUGUUGCUAAGGCCCUGGGCCCCAAAAAUGCCAAUAAGUACCUACUGAAGCCACUCAUUGGUGCCUAUGAGAGCCCCUGGCGUCUACACGGCCGCUUCUACUUGUACACUGACUGCUUUGUGGCCCAGCUGAUGGUGCGCCUGGGCCUGCAGGCCUUUCUUAUCCACCUGCUGCCCCACGUCCUCCAGGUGCUGGCUGGUGUGGAGGCCUCCCAGGAGGAAAGCAAGGGCCUGGUGGGGGCCACUGAGGACGAGGAGAGUGAGCUCCCAGGGGCCAGGCCCAGCCCCUGUGCUUUCGGGGAGGAAAUUCAGAUGGAUGGUGAGCCUGCUGCCUCCUCGGGCCUAGGGCUCCCAGACUACACGUCUGGGGUCAGCUUCCACGACCAGGCCUACCUACCUGAGACAGAGGACUUCCAAGCUGGGCUCUAUGUGGCCGAGUCCCCGCAGCCCCAGGAAGCUGAGGCUUUGAGCCUAGGCCGGCUGAGUGACAAGAGUAGCACCAGUGAGGCCUCCCUGGGUGAGGAGCGCGCUGCAGAUGAAGGGGGUGCUCCUGUGGACAAGAGCAGCCUCAGGUCAGGCGACAGCAGCCAGGACUUGAAGCAGAGUGAGGGCUCAGAGGAGGAAGAGGAAGAGGAGGAAGGCUGUGUGGUAUUGGAGGAAGAGGAUGGAGAGGGGGAGCAAGAGGAGCUCACCAGGGCCUCUGAGCUCACCCUCUCUGACACGGUGCUGUCCAUGGAUACUGUUGUGGCCCGUGGUGGCGACACAGAUGGGGAGGAAGAGGAGGAACCACUAACUGAGCAGUCGGAGGGCAAAGAACAGAAGAUCCUUCUUGAUACAGCCUGCAAGAUGGUUCGUUGGCUCUCUGCCAAGCUCGGUCCCACAGUGGCCUCUCGCUACGUGGCCCGGAACCUGCUCCGCUUGCUGACAUCUUGUUACGUUGGGCCCACUCGGCAGCAGUUCACAGUGAGCAGUGGUGAGAGUCCCCCGCUGAGUGCUGGCAACAUCUAUCAGAAGAGACCGGUGCUGGGUGAUGUAGUGUCGGGGCCCGUGCUCAGCUGCCUCCUCCACAUUGCUCAUCUGUACGGGGAGCCUGUCCUCACCUACCAGUACCUGCCCUACAUCAGCUACCUGGUGGCCCCAGGUGGCACCUCGGGCCCUAGUCGACUGAACAGCCGUAAGGAGGCGGGGCUGCUGGCAGCGGUGACUCUGACCCAGAAGAUCAUUGUGUAUCUCUCGGACACCACCCUUAUGGACAUCCUGCCCCGAAUCAGCCACGAGGUCUUGCUGCCCGUGCUCAGCUUCCUCACUUCCCUUGUCACCGGGUUCCCAAGUGGGGCCCAGGCUCGGACUGUCCUGUGCAUGAAAACCAUCAGCCUCAUCGCCCUCAUAUGCCUGCGCAUUGGACAGGAGAUGGUCCAGCAGCACCUGAGUGAGCCUGUGGCCACCUUCUUUCACGUCUUCUCUCAGCUGCAUGAGCUUCAGCACCAGGAGCUGAGGCUGGAUCCCGGGGCCCGCAGUGAGGGCCAGCUACCAGAGGUGGCCUUCUCCGAUGGGCAGCAGCGGCUGGUGGACCCCACCCUGCUGGACGAGCUGCAGAAGGUGUUCACCUUGGAGAUGGCGUACACAAUCUACGUGCCCUUCUCCUGCCUGUUGGGUGACAUCAUCCGGAAGAUCAUCCCCAACCAUGAGCUGGUCGGGGAGCUGGCAGGGCUGUAUUUGGAGACCAUCAGUCCGAGCAGUCGCAGCCCUGCCGGUGUGGAGCCCACGGUGCCUAGUGCCGGCCCUGAGUGGGACCCUCAGAGUGGGGGCUGUCCCCGGGACGACAGUCACUCAGGGACCUUUGGGAGCGUCCUGGUCGGGAACCGCAUCCAGAUUCCUGAUGACUCUGAGCCGGAGAGCCCCGGCCUGCGGGGCCCCGGCCCUGGGGCGGGCAGCGGGGGCCCCAGCAGCGAGGAGGACAACGCGCUGAAGCGGGAGCUGCCGCGGAGUGCCCAUGGGCUGAGCGGGAACUGGCUGGCGUACUGGCAGUACGAGAUCGGCGUGAGCCAGCAGGAUGCUCACUUCCGCUUCCAUCAGAUCCGCUUGCAGAGCUUCCCGGGCCACUCAGGCUCUGUCAAGUGCGUGGCGCCCCUCAGCAGCGAGGACUUCUUCCUGAGUGGCAGCAAGGACCGCACGGUGCGCCUCUGGCCACUCUACAACUCUGGGGAUGGCACCAGUGAGACAGCCCCACGCCUCGUCUAUGCCCAGCACCGCAAAAGCGUCUUUUUUGUGGGCCAGCUAGAGGCCCCGCAGUAUGUGGUGAGCUGUGACGGGGCUGUGCACGUCUGGGACCCCUUCACAGGGAAGACCCUUCGUGUGAUAGAGCCAUGGGACAGCCGGGUGCCCCUGACUGCUGUGGCUGUCAUGCCCGCUCCCCAUACCAGCAUCACCAUGGCCAGCUCUGACUCGACCCUGCGCUUCGUGGACUGCAGGAAGCCUGGCCUACAGCAUGAGUUCCGCCUGGGCGGCGGGCUGAACCCCGGGCUUGUCCGCUCCCUGGCUGUCAGCCCCAGUGGCCGUAGUGUUGUGGCUGGCUUCUCCUCGGGCUUCAUGGUGCUCCUGGACACCCGUACAGGCCUGGUUCUGCGUGGCUGGCCGGCCCAUGAGGGGGACAUCCUGCAGAUCAAGGCGGUGGAGGGCAGUGUCCUGGUCAGCUCCUCCUCUGACCACUCCUUGACCGUAUGGAAGGAGCUGGAACAGAAGCCCACGCACCACUACAAAUCGGCAUCUGACCCCAUCCACACCUUCGACCUGUAUGGCAGCGAGGUGGUCACCGGCACCGUGGCCAACAAGAUCGGUGUCUGCUCCCUGCUUGAGCCGCCCUCCCAGGCCACCACCAAGCUCAGCUCUGAGAACUUCCGAGGCACGCUCACCAGCCUGGCCUUGCUGCCCACCAAACGCCACCUCUUGCUGGGCUCAGACAAUGGCGUCAUCCGCCUCCUGGCCUAGGCCGAAGGCGGGGCUGGCCAACAAGGGUGGGCAGACGUCCCCCGGGAGUCCGUCCCUUCCUCUUGUCUCCCCAGCAGCUCCCUGUGGGCAGGCCUCAGGCCCCACACUCUGUGCCUACAUGGCCUGCUAGCUGGGGUGAGGCAGGGGUCUGGGUUCCGGAACUGCCAGAGCACCAGUGCUGCCAGAAAGGAUCUCAUUUGUGGCUUGGGGAGGUGCCAUCCCUGGUCAGCAGGAAGCAAGAGGGGGGAGCACAGGAAAGCAUCGCUACGCUCUCUUCUCCCUAUCCCUGCCUCCUGGGUCCACAGGGGGACAGGGAAGCUCUGAGAAGGGGAGGGGAGACUGGCCCUAUGCAGCCAAUCUCCAGUGAAGGAUGCCACCUCCCCUUGUGAGCUCUCUGUGCCCCUGUUUCACAAGGGCAGGGGGCUGCACCAGUCCAGGACACAGAUGGUGCUUGGACUCCAGCCUCUGAGGAGGGCCGGUCAUGGUCCAGAAGUUAAGGGCCUUGGGGUGGGGCUUAAGUGUCCAUCCAGCCAGGCCCUGCCCAGUAUGGGACCAGUAGUGGAAGAGAGAGGGCAGGACCAGGGAGGGAAGGUGGACUGGGCCAGCUGGUGUUUGCCAGGAGUGACCCCAUGCCUUGCCUGCCCACCCCUAACCACAGUGUUUGUGCCUUGAACUGAAGAGGCAGUCCCUGGGCCCAGGGGAACCACUCCUUGGGGAGAGGUCCAACACCCUGAGAGAAGGAGCAGGAAUGAUCUCUGCAUCUCAGGUCUCUCCCAGGGGACAGGAAGACCCAGGCAUCCCUGGACCCUCACAUUCUGGAGCAGAGAUGAGGUCUGAGCCUGGGCCCUUAACUGCCUCUUCACUAUUUGCAAUAGAUGUAAAUAUGACCAAUAAAUCUUUUGGAAGAGCCAUGGAA